UAUUUGCCUUUGUUUCUCAGAGCAGCAAACUCCCUCUUCAAGUUUCAGACCCCCCGCUUUGCCAACUUCCCUCGUUCUCUUUCCAAACCCACAUUUUCACAGAGAGACGAGAGAGGUUGAUCGAGAAUGGGAGGGAAGAAGUUUGGGGUGCUGCUCUGCGCAGAGGACACGGACUUUGUGAAGAACAUGUACGGUGGUUAUUUCGGGGUGUUUCUGAAAAUGCUGGCCGAGGAAGGCGAGACCUGGGAUUUGUACCGCGUGGCCUGCGGAGAGUUUCCCGACGACGACGAGGUCGAGAACUAUGAUGGGUUUGUUAUCUCCGGGAGUAGCAGAGAUGCUCAUGGGAAUGAUGCUUGGAUCUGCAGACUACUAACCCUUUUGAGCAAACUGGAUUCCCUCAAGAUCAAAGUCCUCGGCAUUUGCUUCGGCCAUCAGAUAUUAAGUCGUGCGCUGGGUGGAAAAUCUGGCAGGGCCAUCACAGGGUGGGAUAUCGGAAUUCGAAACGUCCAGUUAUCAUCCUCUUGCAAGGUCUUCUCCUCCCUCAAGAUUCCAGCUCUUCUCUCCAUCUAUGAGAUCCAUAGAGAUGAGGUGUGGGAACUUCCACCAAAGGCUGAGCUAAUUGCCUGGUCGGAAAAAACUGGGGUUGAGAUGUUCAGGUAUGGUGAUCACAUGAUGGGCAUCCAAGGCCACCCUGAAUACACCAAAGACAUUCUUCUCAACCUCAUUGAUCGUCUCGUUAAGCUUAACUUCAUCUUGGAUUCUGAAACUGAAGAGUUGAAGUCAAACGUGCUUGCUCGCGAACCAGAUAGGGAGGCAUGGAGAAGGCUGUGCUUAAACUUUCUCAAAGGUGGUUUAUGAUGAAACAUUACAAGUUAGGAAAGACCAAAAAAAGUUGCAAAAAAAGAACGCAAAUAUGCAGGGUUUUCGAUCAAGUGAGGCUAAAAGGUUUAGUGGUUCAGUGUGAUAGAGUAUUUGCGAAUGCUUAAGGAUGCAAAAGUAUAGGAGGCAAUUAGUUAUGGCACAAUUAGUUAUUACCUCCAUGUCUUUUGUUUGGCAUCAAAGGUUACGUAAUUCUAAGGGAUAUUAUGCUUAAUAAACUUGAAGUGUAAAAAGGUGUUAAACACG